CAGUCUGCGUGGUGUCGCUAGAGAGACGUGUUGCACAGGCGUUCAGCGCGCUCCGUGGAUGAUAUCGUCAGUCACUUUUAUUUUGAUUUUGGUUCGCUCCACGUUCAACGUGCAGGCCAUGGAGCGAGGAUCAGCGUGUCGGACAUCCCCGUGGGGAAAGAAGGCUCUGUUCUGGUUCUCGGUUGUGUUUCACGUCAUUGGAGGUAAAGGCGACACGUCCCACGCCCACUCCACUCUAAGUGUUUCCGUCCCCAACCUGUACUACACCUGUCCCGAGGGGGCGACAGUCCAACUGGUGUGUGACCAGCGAGGGGCCACCUUGCACUCCAAUGAUGUCCUGCAGCGCAGCUGGCUUUUCACGCCCCACAGUGACCAGCACUGCAAGGGACCGGCGGGCCCACGCCACACCACCUGGGGCCAUUCACACGGGAACCACAGCCUGCCGCCGGGGUUGCAGUAUGGAUCUACAGAGCACAACUUCUGGGUGCUUUUGAAGAAUGUGAGCCACGCUGACCAGGGCCGCUACUGCUGCAUGCUCCUGGACCUCCAUCGGGAACACAAACACACCACCCUCGUGCAGAAACCCCACAGCCACGUCAUCCUGCAUGUGACACCACGGAGAUAUGGGUCUCAGGAAUGCACUGUCUGGAAUCCAACACCAGCUGGAGGCACCGUGCCGGUGGCCUUGGCCGUAGCAGCCUGCAUCUUGGCCCUGCUGUCUUUGCCUCUCAUUCUGGUGCUGGUGUACAAACAGAGGCAGAACUCCCAGUCAAGCAGGCGUGCACAAGAGCUGGUGAGGAUGGACAGUGAGGCUCAAGGCCACGAGAACCCCGUGUUUCUUGGGGGAUCGCCGCAGAUUAAGACCCGCACCGUUUCUCAGAUAAUGACCAGGCAGUCCUCGGAGACGGGACGCCACCUGUUGUCUGAGCCAGGAACCCCCCUCUCUCCUCCUGCACACGGGGACGUAUUCUUUCCAAUAGAGGACACCAUCCCUGAGUCUCCGGACUUCCUGCAGCUUUAGAGGGGUUGGAACCUCGUGCAUUGCUCUGACUGCUGACCCCCUUUCCUCUUCUCUCUGCCCCCAGAGGGUUGUUGACCUUAUCAGCUGCCUCAUAAUAACUCCUGCUGGAUUCUAGUCCCGUACAUUGUCUGGCCCGCAGGAGGGAACGGACUGCCUUUUCUUACUCAAAAAAACGUUUUCCACCUGCAACAGCAGCUGCAGGUCACUUGCUGUGGCAGGGAUGUGGUCGCUGUGUGAUGUUCCACCUGCACAAUGACCAACGGGGGCCCGUUGCUUGAGACAAAUACAAGGUGUCGAGGGUGGGGGUCCCGUCAUGUGCUGAGGUGGCAGGUCAAGAGUGAUUAAACAGUGCUGUGGACUUAAACUUAUUUUAAGGAACAGGAAAAGCCUUCACUUUCUCAGUUCAUCUUGGGCUCUGUAAAUCAAACCAAAGAACUGCCCCGUUACUCUGCUUUUGGUUGAUUGGGCGUGAACGCAUAGCAAGCCAUCCACGCGAACAAGUGCUAGAAAAUAAAAUAUAUAAAACUUUUAAAGUUCCAAUCCAACGGAUCCAUAUACUGAAGAUAUUUCAUUUGGUAACCAUGCAGAAAAAUGACGACCCAAAUUCUCCCUCAGUCCUUGUGAAACUGUUGACAUAUCUCACUCCAGUUGUACUAGUCAGUAAGAGGUGGACUGGAACCCAAACAUCGUCAUCCCUGUGAUUGUAAGAAAGGGCUCAUUUAAGGGCUCAUGUAAUAAAGGGCUUCAUGGGGAGGCUCAUUGGUCGGAGAACUCUCAGUAUCCUUGUUGAGAGUUUUUGUUCCAUUACACGGUUCCUCUGUGUCAUACCCACUUGGCCUCGGCUUCUUUUCUCUUCUCUCUUUGCUACCUCAGUUACUGCCUCAGCUGCUCUAAAUACUCCCCUUCCUUCCUGUACUCAGAAACGCAGCACUUCACAGCGGCCUUAAAUCUAUACGAGCAUGGGGAAGUGUUUAGAAAAUCAUUUUAAAUAACAGUGGAUGUCAUUUAAAGUUCAUUACGAAUAAUAUGUUUAUUCAUUUUCUCUUGAAUGUAUCUCAACCACUUUUAAUCACUGCCACUGCAACAAUCCUUUUUGCUCCGAUAUCAUGUGUCUGGAUUUGAUUGAUUGAGUACAUUAGUGCUCAUUCCCAUUGGUUUUUAAGUGCAAUUUGAUGUUAAUAUGUAAAUACUAUUCAGCACGUGUGGAGGGAUGGAAAUGGAAUGUUGACGAAAUCGUAAGGCCGACGGAGAGAGAAAAUAAGAAAUAAAUCAAAUCACGUUAUUAAUGAUUAUAAAUAAUUGAUAAUUUAACUGUGGGAGACUGUGAUUAACCAGUGGGGAUUUUUCAUAUUUAGUUUAAAAAUGUUCAGCAGGUGCUCAACAAAAAUCAUCUCCAAAAUAUGUGUAGCAGGUAUAUAGAAGAAGAUACCAUUUGUUUGUGUUUAUUGAGAUGUAAGAACUUGAUGAGUAGUCAAACCAAAGUUUUUUUGUGUGUGGGUGGGUUUGGUGUGUGUUCUCAGAUUUUGGGUUACAGUGUCAAGAAUCACUUGUGUUGAGUGUGCAUUUGCAUACAAGUCUGUAUUGGUAUGUAAUUGUCUGUUUUAUACUGUAAAAAGCUUGUAUUAAACAAAUACACAGAU